AAAUUUAUUGAGAUAUUCACAUAUUUUGCUUUUCCAUAACUUUCACAUAUUAAGUCUCAAACUUUAGCAAAAUAAUAUGAACUGGCCAACAUGACUGUUGAUACUCGAUUUGUGGGAAUAAAUAUCAGGGAAAAUGCAGACAAUUGUUGAAUGUGAACAGUACAUUUAGAGAUACUUCGUUCUUUAGAAUUCCAUAGCCAUGCCAGGGGCCCGUAAAACGAGAAGUGCAUCUCAGCAGAGUGUAACACUCAUUAGAAUUCAUCUUUUCAGGACUUUUUCGGCUUUAAAAACUCUUUCGAGAUAGUCUUUACUCAAGACUAGGGGAUGACAGAAGUCGUCUUUACUGAGUCCCCCAGUUUUAAAUUUAUAUGAUUCUUGUCUCGAAGAUGUGGAUGUUAGGGUAGGUUUUUCUUUUUAACUAUCUUGCAAGGGCUUGUUUGAUUAGAAUUACUGAGAUGUUCCGAAUAUCUUUUCUGAAUAUCCAAGUAAUAUUGGUUUAUCCUUUUUCUGCGGCUGUUCAGCCUGUUGGAUAGCCAGCAAAGCUAAGACCAGUAAACUGAGUUUUACUUGUUGGCCUCAGAGCGCUCCUUCAGUCUGUCGUCUCUUCUCUUGCGCGCCCCCUUCCUCCAAGAGGUAAACAAACGACUGCGAAACCAAAGGCUGGCACAAAUCCUUUUCUGUUUCUGGAGAAACCACUCAGAGCGCAUGCUCUUCCGGCGAUGGGUCCGUAGCGCCAUUUUCAUAUCGCAGGGACUGCCCUUUAAUUAAGCACGCUGGUAGGACACCCUGCGUUAAAGUUGUUCUAGCUGUUCAAAAAGCCUUACAGAAUCAAGUCAAGGGCUUCUUUGAGAUGAACCACCCCCAGCGCUUCAGCUAAGGCUGCGUCAAGAAAUUCUUUUGUGUUUAUUUUUCCCGUGGACAUGUGGCCGGCUCCGCAUACCUCUGUUCCCUCCCCGCCCCCGGGCUGGUCGCGUUCCUCCGCCCCGCCCACCACGGGGACCAGAGCAGUAUUAAGGUUUGGCAUUUGUGAUGAUUUGCGCCCACAGCGGCGACCCAAAUGAGAGGACGUGGGGAACCGGAUGGGAACGUUUUACCCCGUGAGAACAAAGCACAAGUUAAUUCAGAAUCCCGUGUGUGUAGAGGAAACCAAUAGGUGUUCUGAGCUAGGAGGUAGGGCUUUUUUUUUUUUCUUUUCUUCAGAUUUUAUUUCUUAUAAAGAUAGAGAUCCCUCAGUGGUGGGAUGGGCGGUGGUUGAAAGAUUAGCUGUAGGUAAGGUGGGGCACCGAGAUCCUAUCUCUAUAAAAAUGUACGUGUGCACGCGCGCAUGCAAGAGUUUGGAACUAGAGUGAGUGGGAUGAGAGAAGUAGAGAAUGAGAGAGACAGACGAAAACUCUGGAGUGGGAAGAAGACUCAGUGGGGUGCAGAAAACGAAGGGGCGCGGGCUCAUCCUUGCCUGAAAAGCUACAGCAGCGCUCUCCGGGACACUCCCAACUCCACCGUUUCAUUCAUAAGUUUCUGGUCUGGAGGCCCCUCCUGGCUCCUCGGCCCAGGGCCGCGUAUCCCGUACAGCAAUUGGUGGACGGCAACAAAGCCUUAGCAACUGGCUCUUAGUGACCUGCGGGGCGCCUGGUAACUGGGGCGCGGGGCCGGCGCGGAGAAAGGAGCUGGGCUGUCCCUUUAAGGGAUGGCCGCGGAGCCGUGAAAGUGGAGGGAGCUGAGGGAGGGCGGGGAGGAAGGCCUGGGGGCGGACCCAAGGGGAGGAGGAGGAGGAGGAAGAGUUGCUGCUGAAAGGAGGUGGCGAAGGAGGAGCCGGAGCAGCUGCUGCCAGCCGGCGGGCACCAGAGUCCUGCCCGCUGCCUUACGAGUAGCCACGGGCGCGAUCGGGGCCAGACGUCUCCUCCUCCAUGAUCACUUUGGGAGCCGGGGGAAGACUUUGCCCGGCCGUGAGAGCUGGUCUGCGUUUCCCAGGCGCGGCGGCGGUGGAGCAGGGGCAGCAGCCGGGUCCGAAUCGGAGUGGCCACAGCCCGGGGCGUGUGCGCCCCGCUCGGAGCGUGCUCGGGUUCCCCACGGAAUGUCCCCGGGGCGCCCGGCGCGCUGACCCCCCAGCCGCCUCCGCCUUCGGCGCCUGCUGCCUCUCUCGGGCGGGCUCGGUGUUCCGGACUGCAAGCUUCCCGGCUCCUGGGCACUGGGGAAGCCCCCGGGGGCGGGUAACCUCAGCUGGCCACGACCCAGCCCUCUCCCGUGCGUAUCUCGCUUAAGAUGGCAGCGGAGUCAGGGGAACUAAUCGGGGCUUGCGAGUUCAUGAAAGAUCGGUUAUAUUUUGCUACUUUAAGGAAUAGACCAAAAAGCACAGUAAAUACCCACUAUUUCUCCAUCGAUGAGGAGCUGGUCUAUGAAAAUUUCUAUGCAGAUUUUGGACCUCUGAACUUGGCAAUGGUGUACAGAUACUGCUGUAAACUAAACAAGAAACUAAAAUCAUACAGUUUAUCAAGAAAGAGAAUAGUGCACUACACCUGUUUUGACCAACGGAAAAGAGCAAAUGCUGCAUUUUUGAUAGGUGCUUAUGCCGUAAUCUAUUUAAAGAAGACACCAGAAGAAGCCUACAGAGCACUCCUAUCUGGUUCAACCCCUCCCUAUCUUCCAUUCAGGGAUGCUUCCUUUGGAAAUUGCACUUACAAUCUCACCAUCCUUGACUGUUUGCAGGGAAUCAGAAAGGGAUUACAACAUGGAUUUUUUGACUUUGAGACAUUUGAUGUGGAUGAAUAUGAACAUUAUGAGCGAGUUGAAAAUGGUGACUUCAACUGGAUUGUUCCAGGAAAAUUUUUAGCAUUUAGUGGACCACAUCCCAAAAGCAAAAUUGAAAAUGGUUAUCCUCUUCACGCCCCCGAAGCCUACUUUCCUUAUUUCAAAAAGCAUAACGUGACGGCGGUCGUGAGGCUGAACAAAAAGAUCUAUGAGGCAAAACGCUUCACAGAUGCGGGCUUCGAGCACUAUGACCUCUUCUUCAUCGACGGCAGCACUCCCAGCGACAACAUCGUGCGGAGGUUCCUGAAUAUCUGCGAGAACACCGAGGGGGCGAUCGCCGUCCACUGCAAAGCUGGUCUUGGAAGAACAGGGACCUUGAUAGCCUGUUAUGUCAUGAAACACUACAGGUUUACACAUGCAGAAAUAAUCGCUUGGAUCAGAAUCUGCCGGCCCGGCUCUAUUAUAGGACCCCAGCAACACUUCCUGGAAGAGAAACAGGCAUCACUAUGGGUCCAAGGAGACAUUUUCCGAUCCAAACUGAAAAAUAGACCAUCCAGUGAAGGAAGUAUUAAUAAAAUUCUUUCUAGCUUGGAUGAUAUGUCUAUUGGUGGAAACUUAUCUAAAAUACAAAACAUGGAGAGAUUUGGAGAGAAUAAUUUAGAAGAGGAUGAAGAUGUGGAAAUGAAAAAUAGUAUAACCCAGGGAGACAAACUACGUGCCUUAAAAAGUCAGAGACAGCCUCGUACCUCACCAUCCUGUCCAUUUAGGUUGGAGGAUAUGAAAGGGCAUCCAAGAGCAGUGUCCCAGCCUUCCAGAUUGAGUUCUUCCCCUCAAGGAUCUGCAUCUACUUUGAAGACCUCGAAAGUGGCUUUGUCUCCUUCUGUGAUGGCCAAGAGGAUAAACAGAGGCUCUGUAUCCUCAGGCGCCAGUGUGAGAAGUUCUCUAGGGAACUUGAAUGCUGCAGCCGACGAUCCAGAGAACAAAAGGACCACAUCACCCUCCAAGAUGGGUUUCAUCGCCAACCCGUUCACCAAUCUCUUGAACGGCAGCUCCCAGCCGCCUGCCAGAAAUUACCCUGAGCUCAACAACAACCAGUAUAGCCGAAGUAGCAGCAGCGGUGGGGGUGCCCCGAGCAGUCAGCCGGGCCCCCACGGCGCUAAGACCACCGAGGAGCACUCCACCGCCCUGCGGCCCUCCUACACUGGCCUGUCUUCCUCCUCAGCGAGAUUCCUGAGCCGAUCAAUCCCUGUAAGUUCGCAGACACCACCUCUUGGCCCUCAGAAACCUGAACGUGACUUCUGUGCCUUGGCUGGGACUGCAAGUUUGCAGACCACCCCUCUUGGCCCUCAGAACCCUGAGCUCAACUUUUGUGCCUUGCCCUCCCAGCCAAGGCUGCCACCAAAGAAAUUUAAUAGCGCCAAGGAAGCCUUCUGAUCUAUGCCUCCCUCUGUGCGAUGAAACUGUCUCUGCACACACAUUCCGCUGGCUCCUCUUCAAGUAAAUGCCAAGUUUCAACCUGGUUUUCUUUCCUCCUCCUUUUUCUUCUCCUCUUCCCUCUCCUUUGUGCGUGAUGUCUCUAGGAAAGGAAGCAGCUUUCACUCCCUUCAUCGUGGACCCUGUUGACUUCAGUUACUUUUCAGUCUCAUUCUCCAAUCACUCUGAGUAUAGGAUGCAAGGUCAGGGGCUGAGUCAUAUGACGGGCAGCAUCUGCUGUGGUUGUGGUGGUAUCCCGGCUUUUUCUACAUUGUAGAUCACUGAAUUUGGAGUAUUUAAACAUAUAAGGUGCUGAUGAACAGCAUCUUCUCAGAAGUAACCAUUUAAGCCCUUGACUAUGUCACCUUCUGGCAGGAAACUGACCCAGAAUUGAUUACAUGGCAAAUGGAGAGUGUUGAUAAGGAAGGCUUAUGGGUAGGUACCUGGGAUGUAGGAGAGGGGAAGGCAGGGUAACAGGAAGAUGUUUAAAAUGAGCUCUCACUCUUCUAGAGACAGGAUGAGGCUCUCCAUACACAUUUUACCCAUGAGUUCUUCAUUUCGGUCCCCAAGCCCAGUUUUUAACCAGUAAUCCUGUUCAGUUCAGUUGCUCAGUUGUGUCUGACUCUUUGCGACCCCAUGAAUUGCAGCAUGCCAGGCCUCCCUGUCCAUCACCAACUCCCUGAGUUAAGUAAAAUUUUGUUGGUUCACCCCCCUGUCAAGAAUCACUUUAAUCACAUAUGUUGAUUGCUUCAAAGGGAAUUGAGAUGUAUGGGAAUGCAAGUUUUGAUUCAAGAGAAUGAGGACAAAAUAGGAAGGAGAAAUAGAUCCCACACAAGGCAGUGUCAAUCAAUAUUAGAAUGCAACCUUGCCUUGACUCAGGCACAAGCAAGCCCCUAGUGUUCUGGGAAGGCUGUGGUCCUGUGCCCCUCAUGCCCACUG